AUCCCUGGUAUUUUGUUUACGUUUUAUUUUUUUUAGAGAAAAAAGAAAAAGUUUGAAAAGGUUUUAUUAUUUUUACUAAAAAACAUUUUCAUAAAUCAAAUGGCAACAUUUAUUUUAACGUUUGUUAAAAAGUGAUUAAGCAUGGGUACCAAAAUUUUGGAUGAUAUUCGUAGUGACUUGAAACUACUUAUUAAACUAAUCACCGAUUUUGAAGAAGAUGAAGAAGGAUUUGUUUUAUGUGAGCGUUUUGCUCUAUCACAAAUAAAACAUCAUCGAUAUUUGUCUGUUAAUAGUCAUAUGACAAAAAAAGAAAUAUCAGAGUUAGUUGAGAAAUUUCAAAUUCAUGGUAAAUAUGAAGUUGCAAACAAGUUUCAGGAGCUUAUUGAUUCAUUUUUAAAUAAUUUCGAUUUUGGAAGACAUCCACAAUAUGAUAUACAAUGGUCAUUAUUGACACUUUUAUUAAAUUUAUCCACUGAAACUAAUAACUCUGAUUUAUCAAGUUUGGAACAAAUUGCAAAUGUACCUUCAAAUGAGGAUAAGCCAGAUGAUAUUGAUUGGGCCAAAUAUUUAAAGGAAGGUGAAGAAACCUUUUUUUCCAAAUAUCAAAGUAGCAGUAGUAGUGAUUCUGAUUGGACAGAUGAUGAGGAUGUUAAAGGUGUUGAUUUGCCGGAAAAUGAUCUGUUAAAAAUUUGUUCAAACGAUAAGGACUUAUGUUUAGCAAUAAAUGUUAAAGAAUCUGAAAAUAAGAUUGAAAAAUUAUCCUUAUGUAUUGCCGAUAAAUUACAUUCGAAAAAUUGGUUAGCAAGUAAAAUUCAACAUUCUUGGUGGAAUGAUGUUAGUCGACAUCAACUUGAAGAAAAUAGUAAACUUUCAAGUGCAAUGUGUUUUCAAUUUUGUCGACAAAAUAUUUCAAAACAUCAUCACAAUAUUAACACAAUAAGCGAAUAUCAAACUUGUAGAGAAUUACUUUGGAUGUUUCACAUUCAAAAGCCAAUGGCCCUUUUUCAGAGUAAAGAAUCAUUGGAUUUUUUUGUUCGUGAUAAUGUAUCAAUACCAAGUCUAACUGUUACAGCUUUUAAAAGUAAUUUACUGACAUACUGUCAUUACUUUUCAAUGAUUCGUGAAUUACAAGAGUUCAGUCGAAAAUUAUAUUCUCAAAGUCAACUAUUGGAGGAAGCACAAAAACCACCUUUAACUUAUGAAGCCUAUAACAAUGCUUUACAGCAAUAUGUACUUCAAGUUAAAGAAGAAAUUGUUGAAUUAGAACGAAAUUUAAUUAUUCAAGAAGGUUUUAAUACAUUUCUUGCAUUAUCUAAAGAGUUAAUGAAACAUUUAAAUUUGAUUAAAAUUCUCUACGAAAUUCAUCAGUCUGCAACAGAAAACUGGGAAAAUUGUUCAAAUUGGCUACGCGCUUCAAAAUUAUUAUCUACUUUAUAUAACGAGAUGCAAAGUUCCUCUAGUCAUGAAAGGACUCAUGUUUGUGCUAAUUUAUAUUUAUCUAGUAUUACUGCUUAUUUAAAUAUCAUAGACGUUUGGUUGAGUGAAGGUCGACUUGAAGAUUGGAGAAAUGAAUUUAUUAUUAUUAGAGAAUGGGAUAGAAAAUCACUAGAAGGAGAACAAUUGUAUAAAAAAUUUAAAGUGAGAAAACUUCAAGAAGAAAGUAUAAAGGAUCCUGUAAUGCAACUUUUGUUGAAAAAAGUUUGUCAAAUGGGUCGUAACAUUGAAUUACUUGUUACAUUGGACCGUCUUUCCGACAUGUGGGACACCAUGAAUGAUCAAGAUGCCAGGUUAAUUUCGUUAAACGAAGAAUUUCGUAAGCAAGUUGUAUCGGAAACUUUAAAAUAUUCUAUUCAUUCUACAUGCGAUAGAACAGAUGCCAUAUUAAAUAAACAAACAAUUUUCACACCUCAAGAUUUAAUUAAUGAUAGUUUUUUGUGUCAGCCUUUAAUAGCGGAUAAUCCAUUUUACAUGAAAGCUUUCGAAAAAUAUUCAUCAUUAAAUGGGAGGCAAACAUACGUCUAUGAUGAAAUUGAUUAUAGAUCCAAUAAAAAAGAAGAAAUUAAAUCAUCGAAUUUAUUUCUAUUUGAACUUGCAUCCAAGUCAAUUUUACCAUUGAGAAAAAUUUUCGAAAUUUCUCUUUCAAAAAUUCUUGACCUUCGUUACAAUGGUGCUAAUAAAUUGGUCAAACAAAUAAUGAUCAAGGAAUAUAAAUUAGAGGAAAAUUUGAGAUUAAUGAGAAGUAUUUUUAUGAUGGAGAAAGGUCAUCUAAUGAAUAAGUUUUGUAAUCAAAUGUUCAAUGAGAUUGAGUCAAAUGUUAAUUGGAAUAAUUCACAUUUUCUAUCAGUAAUCUUGGAGGAAGUAAUUUCCGAAGAAUUGCCAGAAUUAAGUUCACGUUGGUCAAUUACUAUUGAUAGUGCAAGAACUCGUCAAGUGUUAAAUGCCGUGAAUGGAAUAACUUUAAAUUAUUCAGUAGACUGGCCAGUUAAUUUACUUCUCAAUGAAGAAACACUCAAUAAAUAUAACAUUAUUUUCAGAUUUGUUUUGAAAUUAAAAUGGGUCGUUUGGACUUUAAAUAGUUUGUCAUUUUCAGACCUUGAAGGAUCAAAAUCUGAGGCACCAAUUGAUGCUGUAAAACACUUUCAAAUGAGAAGACUCGAGUGUUUAAGAUUUUGGUUAUUACAUGCUAUUGGAGCAAUUCACAUUUAUCUUUCAGGUCAAGUGCUUCAAAGUUUAGGAAGUGCUUUAGAUGAUGAGUUAACUCAAGCAGAUAAUUUUUAUUCAAUUAUCAAAAUUCAUAAAGAAUAUUUAAAUAAAGUACUUGAGCAUUGCUUGCAAACUUCUCAAUUCGAAGAUUUAAUGAUAAUAAUCAAUCAGUUACUAGAAAUGUGUAUAAAUGUUCGAGACAUUUGGAAAAAAGGAUAUCAUUAUUUGGAUGGGAAGAAAUUGGAUUUACUAGAAAGCACUUACAUUAAGUAUCAUACACAAUUGGCAUUAGCUUUACGUAAUGCAGUGCAGCAUCACAACUUUGCAUACUUAUCUGGUUUGACAUCUGCUUUUAAUUAUAGCAUGCCAACAACAUAAUUUCAUCAAAAUAGUUUUUGUUAUUGUUAUGAAAUGUAUAUAUAGAAAUAAAUAUUUUUUUUUAAUUUAAAAGCUAUGCUUUAAAAGUUUCAUUCUUUCAAUGUAAAUAGAUUCAAAGAUUAAAUGAAAUUUAA